CGCACUGCUGAGGUUGCAAAGCCGAAAACUGUGCAAACUACAAAACGUGUAGAAGAGCAAGUCAUAGAAGCACGGCGGAUAGAAGCAACACAGCCUGAGGUGAAGACUGUCACAACAACCAAGACAACUGAAGAGGAGGAGGCAAGGAGACUAGCGGAGACCACUACUGGAGGCGUUCAAACCGUCACAACAACCAAAACAACGGAAGACGAGGAGGCUACUAGGAAGCUUGCUCAAUCUCGCAUUCCGCAGUUGACGAAGCGAGUCACCACCACAACCACCUCAGAUGGUUUUGUCCAGCAUGUGCACGAUGAGCUCGCUCAACCCAGCCAAGUUACCACCACAACUCGAAAAGAGGAUGAAGACGCGCAAUGGAAGGUAACCUUUAAACUUCUAUGGAGACCUAUGAAAAGGAGGAAAAACGUUUGA